AUGGCUACCGACUUUCAGUCCUCCCUAUCCGCCAGCAUGCGACAGAGCAUGGCCCCCGUCGGCCCCUCUGUCGCAAACCAGCUGCCCAACAUCAACUUUGGCUUCGAUGACCUGCGCGAUCGCAUGGCAAAGUUCACAGCCCGAUUCGAUGCGUUCAUUGAAGAGGGCCGUAAGCGCGUCCUCGAAGAGCGCAACCAGUUCCGCAUGAACGUCGCUGAGCUUCAAGAGGAUCAACGUAUGAAGAAGCGAGACAUCGAGAUCAUUCAAGUCAAGACCUCGACGCACCAACAAACAAUCGAGAAGGAAGAGGCGGAAACGCGCGAGAUGGAGAGCGCUAUUAACUCCCUCGCUGCCCAGCGCGAUAACCACCUCGCAACCCGCAACAGUCUCAAGGCUGAAAUCGCACAAACACAAGCCGAGAUCGAAGCCCGACUUGCCGCGCAGCGCGAAUACGCUCAACAGCAACAAGCACAGUCUCGUUUCAACGUCCCCGAGUUGGACUUUUGGAUCACCAACCUAUGCCUCAAGAUUGAAGGUGCUGGCCACGACGAUCGUCUCAAGUUUGUGUACACGCAUAUUGACGAGAAGGACUGGGAACGCGAGGCUUGGUUUGAACUUGUUACAAGCUCGCGCGAUUACGAUGUGAAGCACUGCAGACCCAAGAUUGAGCGGGAGAAGGUUGAGAGGGUGCUGGACAAGCUGAAUGAGUCGAGGGAAUUGGUUGUUCUGCUGAAGGGGAUGAGAGAGCUGUUUGUGGAGGCUAUGAAGACCUGA